UAAAAGGUGCAAAAAAAAGUCUUUUUCUUGCAAAAAGAAAAGAUAUUGCUUUUCUUUCUUUUGGAAAAGAAAAGGUGCCACUUUCCUUUUUCUUAGGAAAGAAAAAGAUAUCCAUUAUAUCUUUACUCUUUACUUUUGAAAUAAAAGAUACCACUUUAUCGUUACUUAGGAAAGGAACGGGAAAGUGCCACCCCUAUUCCUGUCUCGAGUUAUAAAUGUUUUAAAAAAUGAACGGGAAAGUGUCACGCCUAGAGUAAAUUUCUAUGAUCUAUUUCACAAAGUAUGCGAUGGAGUGUGUCGCUUCGGCUUCCACGGAACGUUUUAUGAGAACGAGGCUAUUUGAAAUAGCUUUGGGAUGCUUUGAUGCGAAAAUUUUGGUUUUUCUAGUUUUAAGAGCAAAUAAAUUUUCUGAAAAUUUUCUUUUAGGAAACUCGGUUCUAAGAUAUUUUAUAUAUUAUUUUUUUGGAAUUCUUAACUACGGGUGCUACUUUACUUUUACUAAUUAUUUCGUUAUCCGAUAAAAGUAAUAAGUUUUUGUUACUUAUUACUGGCGAAAAAGUAAUGAAUCUUGUUGUUUUAUUACUUAUUACUUCAUUAUGUAAUAAUUUUUCAUUAUUUCACCUAUUAAUUUUCAUUAAACCUCUCCCGUAAUAGAAGCCCCCCCUCCCCUCAUUAGAAGCCCCACUUUGAGGGGUCGAUGUGAAAAAUGUAUUAGAAGCCGCGCUCAUUUGAAAAAAGUUUUGAAAUUUUCGGAAAGUUUUAUUAGUAUUUCUAAAAUAAAACUGUCAAAUUUUCAGGAUUUUAAGGUAAAAGCUCGUUUAAAGUUUACAUACCAGCAUGGGAAUCUCAAAAUCCUCUUAAAAUCCCUUCGAAAAGCUCUGCAAAACUCUGGAAAACCCUAAAAGUUGUUAUAAAAUUUUGUACGAGAAACCCUUGAAAAAUAGUGGGACCUAUUAGAAGACCCACCUCCGUAAAAAUUUUGAACGAUUGGGCAGUUUAGAAGCCCCCGGGGCUUUUAUUACGGGGAGAUCUACUUUUCUUCUUAUUAGUGAUAAGUAAAGUAACGAAAGAUUAUUACUCGGAAAAAGUAAUAAGUAAUAAGGGUCAUCCAUCCGUUCUCAAUUAUUUGCUCAGUUACGCCAAGAAAGGACUCAAAAUUGAUGCACAAGAUGAUCAAGGUCGAACAGCGUUGCAUCAUGCAGUGAUGCAAGAGAAUCUUAGCAAUGUCAAACUACUACUUCAGCAUGAUGCACGAGUUGACAAAUUAGACAUACAAAAAGCGACAGCACUGCAUUACGCGUGUCGUUUCAAUGAAUCGCCGGAUAUUACUGAGUUACUUCUGGCCGCAAACCUAAGAAAGUCCGAUGUGGGUUCAUAUUUAACAAUACAAAACAUGGUUUUUGAAAGGAAUCAGAUAUGGUCGGCGUCGGCGGCGGAUAAGUUUCCGCUGACUAAACAAGCCGCCCGUAUUUUUGCACAUUAUCCACGAAUCCCUACAAAUGAUCGCGGUUUGACGCCGCUGCAUGUUGCUUGUCUGUAUGACUGCGAUGGUAUUGUCGAAGAUCUCAUACACAACGAAAUUCAACAGCAAGCCGUCGAGAGGCGUGAAAUACAGCAGAACUUCACUCCGAUUCUAGUUGCUGCAAAUAAAAAUCAUCCUCGAUGUGUCGUCAUUCUAUUUGACUAUCUAGUUCGUCAUCAAUUAGGCGUCGCUCAAGACGCGUUCAUCGAAACAUUAACAAAUCGAAAUAUUUUUCAUAUUUGUGCAGAGUAUUCACGACUAGAAGUGCUGCAGGCAUUGAUUGCCGCGGUUAAUAAAGUCGAUAAUGAACACGUGAUCAAGCUCAUGCACGAAAAACUGCUCAUGAGUGGCACAGCCGACACAGGUGAAACACCACUACACAUUGCAGCUAAAAUCGGAAAUCCUAAGAUAUGCGAAGAAUUAAUCAAAUUAGAAGCAAUUUGUACUAAAAAAAUUGAGAACAAGUACAAUGUGGGGAUCGACAAACAGAGUUAUAUCUUCCAUUUUCUCUCAUCGGUUGCACGUGUUACGGAUCGAGCUUCGGAUACAGUACGAAAUAUGAUAAUGAAAAAAAAUCAUCAAGAACGAUCAUCGAUACAUCAAGCCGUUCAAUAUGGACGACAAGACGUGGUUAAAUACUUUCUUACUAUGAAAAAUAUGAAUCUUAUUGAUCGUGGAAAAGUAAUAAAAGAUGUUGAUAGUGGCAUGAAAACAUCGUUGCAUCUUGCAGCAGAAAAAGGUUACGCUGAAAUAGUCACUCUAUUGCUCGAAUGUAACGCUGAUAUUAACGCUCGCGACGUCAAUGAUUCAACGGCUUUACAUUGUGCAGCCACACUGGUAGCGUCAAAAGCCGACAAAAAAGAGGAGGAGGAGGAACAGGAAACUGUCGAUGAUGAUGAUAAAAAGUUGUUGAAAGAUUCAUCCGUUCAAGUUUUGCUCACAUUAAUAAAGUACAAAGCCAAUUUGUUCGCUUGUGAUGGUUUUGGUCGCAACUGUCUGGAAGUGGCUAUUAUAUCAAAGAACACCUGUUUUGUUCGUGCAUUAUUACUCAAAGAACACGAUGGUAUUUGGCGUCAAUUGAUGAGAAAUGCCCAGUUUCAUGCGCCCAAUUUCAAAAAGGUCUGUACACCCAUGAGAAAAUUUGUCCGUUUCAUGCCCGAAUUGACGCACAAAGUAUUGGACAAAUUCCUACGCGAUAUUGGUGAUGAAAAUCAACGAAGACGAAUGAUAUGCGAUUUUGAAUUUCUAGAAGAUGAAUGUUCUGUUAAACGAUGGCAACGUGGUAAGCCUUCAGAAGAGUAUGCGAGUUGCGCUAUAUGCGUUUUUCGUCUUCUAGGAGGAAAUAGAGCCGAAACAGAAGAAAAACAGGAGGACGAAUACGAGCAACAAGAAGAUCAAAAUCGCCGCUCUGUCCUAGGUGGUUUUCUCUCGCAGUUUCGUGGUCGCUAUCGAGACGACAACAAUAUCAAACAGGCUUACACACGCGAUCCGCAUGAACUCGUGAAUAAUCAGGUAUUAUCGGUCAUCACCCAAUGUGCAAAGUCGUAUGACAUUGUCAGAGAUCAUAGCCGGAUUAUUCAACACUGUCGGCUCCUACAACACCCGGUCUGUAAAUUGUUAAUUUAUGCAAAACUGCAACGGUUUAGUCUCGGACUUCUUCUGGUAUCGUUGGGGUUUUAUUCAUUGUUUCUUGGUUUAUAUACGUGGGCCGUAUUAAAAACACCUCAACCUCAUUGGCUCUACGCGGUGGUUGGAUCUCAAUGGAACAACUCGUGCGAAAAUGUCAGUAAAGCAUUAGAAUCGCAAAAGAUCUACCCGAAAGAUCGGGCUGAUAAUAGUUUGAAAUAUUUUCUAUACGUGCUGCUGUGGAUUCACGUCAUCAAAGGGCUGAUGUUGAUCAUCGGAGUCUACCGUUUUAAAACAAAGGUUCUAUUCUAUAUGGAAGUAAUGGCGUUAUUGCUCAGUUUUAUCUAUCUCUACGAUGAACCGUGGCAAAAUUCGGUUCAAUUAAAAUGCCCGGCGCAGUUUCAAAUUGGCGCGUUCGCUCUUUUCCUCGGCUGGUUAACUCUUUUGGCUUAUCUUCGAUCGGUACCCAUAUUUGGCAUAUUCGUUGUGAUGCUAGAGGUUAUUGUUCAAAAAUUUCUGUGGUUUUUCCCGAUGCUAGUUAUCUUGAUAAAGCCUUGGCCCUACCCUACCUUGCAGAGUGAUUUUCGAAGAAUAGCCUGA